ACCACCACACACACGCCAACUAAAUACCCUCCACCUUUUAAAAAGUCAGGGUGGCGGGUACGGGUAAUAAGUGGGGGAGAAGAAUGUUUCUGUCUCUUCCUACACUGACUGUCCUUGUUCCUCUGGUCUCUUUAGCAGGACUGUUCUACUCGGCCUCUGUGGAAGAAAACUUCCCACAGGGCUGCACUAGCACCACCAGCCUGUGCUUUCACAGUCUACUCUUGCCCAUUACCAUACCAGUUUAUGUAUUCUUCCACGUUUGGACUUGGAUGGGUAUUAAACUCUUCAGGCAAAAUUAAUGCAGCCAGAGC